CUUGCUGUUCUUUCUGAUGUCAUCACAAUCGUCACUGCUUCCGCGCCUGCUGCCAGCCUGAAGAAUGUUGGCCACUGUGAAACCACAACGCCUGCGAAAUGUUCAAGUCGCAGAGCGCCUGAAUGAGCCCGUCCUGUGCCUUGACGCCGCCGGCAUUUCUGCGUCGAUUGAUGACUUCUCUGUCCUUCAAGCUCGACGCACGAGACCCCUGCCAAAUUUUGUCCUGGACACGGCAGUGGAUGAACGGUCAAAACCGAUUCGCUGCUAUCCUGAUGCGCAAUCUUUUACCUGAUGUGUCUCCCUCGUCACGGUAGCGAAACGGUACUGAUAAGAGGGUGGCCGGGCCCUGUAUUCUCCCUCCCACCAUGUCGACCCAGAAACUACCGUAACCCGGUCUUUUACAUCCAUGAAAAGCCUCCAGGCCGCUCGGAAAAUGCGUUCAAGGUGAAGGUGAAUGCCUUUGUAGACAUGUGCCUGGGUGCCGCGGCUGCCCAGGAGUUCAUCCUGAGCGCUCACCUGAUUUUCUCCACGAACGAGGUUGACAGUCUCGCGCCUCGCAUGGGUGUGCAGCCAUCAUCGCUCCUUGCGUGUGUGAUCUACGAACUCGAGAGCGAAACAAAUGUCGAGCAAAUUCUCGGCGACCCGAGCUUCAGACCAGUUUUCCAGGCUGACGAUCAGCUGGAGCUUCACCCUAAUCGGCAUUGCUUUCGUUGCUGACGUCAGUGAUCUCGUCCUCGGCCCCGUUGGUUCCGACGACAAAAAAUACCGUGGCAUUUGGCCGGUAUAAAGCACCGGCAGGCCGUGUCUCGAAGUUCUACGCAGAGAUUCAAGACGUCGCGCACAAACUUGGCGAGAUUGAGAGUGUCAGGAGCAAAGCCUAACUCUUGCGAACUGUGAGUCGUGGCGUGAAGUCGUAAACUCGAAUCGAAAUUACCGAGUCCAACGGCCGACUUUUCGAUCCAUAGUACGAAGCCACUCAUGCUGCGGAUCGGUUCUUCGCAGCGUACGGUCGAGCACCAGCCGAGGAGUAUUUUGUCAUCCGUGCGGACUUCGAGGUGAUUUUCUCAGUCUCGCUCCCGAUACCGUUUAGCAUGACAUCGACUACGGCAGAGUUUCGAGGAUCUUCAACAGGUAGGCCUGGUUUUUUUUUUCACGUCUAGAUUUCGCAUGCUGCGGAAUUCCAAUCAUCUCAUCGCCAGUUGCUGCAAGAUCCGGCGAACACAUCGUUGAAGCAGGAAUUCAUCAAGGCGAUACAGCCGGCCCGGGCCCAUGUGUUCAGUGCACAAGUCGUCAGGAAGAUUUGAAGUGUUGUUAGUCGAAAUGCGAGUCCUUUUAUCCGAUGGCCCGAUGUGACGCAAAAUUUUCUCGUGUAUGAUCAGCUGUGAGGAUCGGGA